AUGGGAGCACAAAUAUGGUUAUUUAUCUCCUUGUUAUAUGUGUCUGUGAAACCCAGUAAUGCUGAAGAAGUGUGUGCAGGCACAGAGAAUAAGCUGAGCUCUCUCUCUGACCUGGAGCAGCAGUACCGGGCCUUGCGCAAAUACUAUGAGAACUGUGAGGUAGUCAUGGGCAACCUGGAGAUAACCAGCAUCGAGCACAACCGGGACCUCUCCUUUCUGCGGUCUAUACGAGAAGUCACAGGCUACGUGUUGGUGGCUCUUAAUCAGUUUCGCUACCUGCCUCUGGAGAACUUACGCAUUAUCCGUGGGACAAAGCUUUAUGAGGAUCGAUAUGCCUUGGCAAUAUUUUUAAACUACAGAAAAGAUGGAAACUUUGGACUUCAAGAACUUGGACUGAAGAACUUGACUGAAAUCCUAAAUGGCGGCGUCUAUGUAGACCAGAACAAAUUUCUCUGUUAUACAGACACUAUUCAUUGGCAAGAUAUUGUUCGGAAUCCAUGGCCUUCCAACCUGACCCUGGUGUCAACAAAUGGUAGCUCGGGAUGUGGACGUUGCCAUAAGUCCUGUACUGGCCGAUGCUGGGGACCCACAGAGAACCAUUGCCAGACUUUGACAAGGACUGUGUGUGCGGAACAGUGUGAUGGCAGAUGCUAUGGACCCUACGUGAGUGAUUGCUGUCACCGAGAAUGUGCUGGGGGCUGUUCGGGACCGAAGGACACCGACUGCUUUGCAUGCAUGAAUUUCAAUGACAGUGGAGCAUGUGUUACUCAGUGUCCACAAACUUUUGUCUACAAUCCUACUACCUUUCAACUGGAGCAUAACUUCAAUGCAAAAUACACCUAUGGAGCAUUUUGUGUCAAGAAGUGCCCACAUAACUUUGUAGUUGAUUCUAGUUCCUGUGUGCGUGCUUGUCCUAGUUCCAAGAUGGAAGUAGAAGAAAAUGGGAUUAAAAUGUGUAAACCUUGCACUGACAUUUGCCCAAAAGCUUGUGAUGGCAUUGGCACAGGAUCAUUGAUGUCAGCUCAGACCGUGGAUUCUAGUAAUAUUGACAAAUUCAUAAACUGUACCAAAAUCAAUGGGAAUUUGAUCUUCCUUGUCACUGGUAUUCAUGGGGACCCUUACAAUGCAAUUGAAGCCAUAGACCCAGAGAAACUGAAUGUCUUUCGUACAGUCCGAGAGAUAACAGGUUUCUUGAACAUACAGUCAUGGCCUCCAAACAUGACCGACUUCAGUGUUUUUUCUAACUUGGUAACCAUUGGUGGGAGAGUACUCUAUAGUGGCCUUUCCUUGCUUAUCCUCAAGCAACAGGGCAUCACUUCUCUACAAUUCCAGUCCUUGAAAGAAAUCAGUGCGGGGAACAUCUAUAUCACUGACAACAGCAAUCUGUGCUAUUAUCAUACCAUUAACUGGACAACACUGUUCAGCACAGUCAACCAAAGGAUAGUGAUUCGGGACAAUAGGAAAGCUGAAAACUGUACUGCUGAAGGAAUGGUGUGCAACCAUCUCUGUUCAAAUGAUGGGUGUUGGGGACCUGGGCCAGACCAGUGCUUGUCAUGCCGUCGCUUCAGCAGGGGAAGGACGUGCAUAGAGUCUUGUAACCUCUAUGACGGUGAAUUUCGGGAGUUUGAGAAUGGCUCCAUCUGUGUCGAGUGUGACCCCCAGUGUGAGAAGAUGGAAGAUGGCAUCCUCACGUGCCAUGGACCGGGACCUGACAACUGUACAAAGUGCUCCCAUUUCAAGGAUGGCCCGAACUGUGUGGAAAAAUGUCCAGAUGGCUUACAAGGGGCAAACAGUUUCAUUUUCAAGUAUGCUGAUCAAGACCGAGAGUGCCACCCAUGCCAUCCAAACUGCACCCAAGGGUGUAGCGGUCCCACUAGUCAUGACUGCAUUUACUACCUUUGGACGGGCCAUUCCACUUUACCACAACAUGCUAGGACUCCUCUAAUUGCAGCUGGAGUCAUUGGUGGGCUCUUCAUCCUGGUCAUUGUGGGCCUAACAUUUGCAGUUUAUGCUCGAAGGAAGAGCAUCAAAAAGAAAAGAGCCUUAAGAAGAUUCCUGGAAACAGAGCUGGUAGAACCCUUAACUCCCAGUGGCACAGCGCCCAAUCAAGCUCAACUUCGUAUUUUGAAAGAAACUGAGCUCAAAAGAGUGAAAGUCCUUGGCUCAGGUGCUUUUGGAACUGUUUAUAAAGGUAUUUGGGUCCCUGAAGGAGAAACAGUGAAGAUUCCUGUGGCUAUUAAGAUCCUUAAUGAAACAACUGGUCCCAAAGCCAAUGUGGAAUUUAUGGAUGAAGCCCUAAUCAUGGCAAGUAUGGACCAUCCACACUUAGUUCGAUUAUUGGGUGUGUGUCUGAGCCCAACCAUUCAGCUGGUCACACAGCUUAUGCCCCAUGGCUGUCUGUUGGAUUAUGUCCAUGAACACAAGGAUAACAUUGGAUCACAGUUGUUGCUUAACUGGUGUGUCCAGAUAGCUAAGGGAAUGAUGUACCUGGAAGAAAGACGGCUUGUUCAUCGGGACUUGGCAGCCCGUAAUGUCUUAGUGAAAUCUCCAAACCAUGUGAAAAUCACGGAUUUUGGACUAGCAAGACUCUUGGAAGGAGAUGAAAAAGAGUAUAAUGCUGAUGGAGGAAAGAUGCCAAUUAAAUGGAUGGCUCUGGAGUGUAUACAUUAUAGGAAAUUCACCCAUCAGAGCGACGUUUGGAGCUAUGGAGUCACUAUAUGGGAACUGAUGACCUUUGGAGGAAAACCUUAUGAUGGAAUUCCAACCAGAGAAAUUCCUGAUUUAUUAGAGAAAGGAGAACGUUUGCCUCAGCCUCCCAUCUGCACUAUUGACGUUUACAUGGUCAUGGUCAAAUGUUGGAUGAUUGAUGCUGACAGUAGACCUAAAUUUAAGGAACUGGCUGCUGAAUUUUCAAGGAUGGCUCGAGACCCUCAAAGAUAUCUAGUUAUUCAGGGUGAUGAUCGUAUGAAGCUUCCCAGUCCAAACGACAGCAAGUUCUUUCAGAAUCUCUUGGAUGAAGAAGAUUUAGAAGAUAUGAUGGAUGCUGAGGAAUACCUGGUGCCUCAAGCUUUCAACAUCCCUCCUCCCAUCUAUACUUCCAGAUCAAGAAUUGACUCAAAUAGGAGUGAAAUUGGACACAGCCCUCCUCCUGCCUACACCCCUAUGUCAGGAAACCAGUUUGUCUACCGAGACGGGGGCUUCGCUGCAGAACAAGGAGUGCCCAUGCCCUACAGGGCCACCACCAGCACAAUCCCAGAAGCCCCCAUUGCUCAGGGGGCUACUGCAGAGAUUUUUGAUGACUCCUGCUGUAAUGGCACCUUACGCAAGUCUGUGGCACCCCAUGUCCAAGAGGACAGUAGCACCCAGAGGUACAGCGCUGACCCCACAGUGUUUGCCCCAGAACGGAGCCCACGAGGAGAGCUGGAUGAAGAAGGUUAUAUGACUCCUAUGCGAGACAAACCCAAACAAGAAUACCUGAACCCUGUGGAGGAGAACCCUUUCGUUUCUCGGAGGAAAAAUGGAGACCUUCAGGCUUUGGAUAAUCCCGAAUAUCACAGCGCUUCCAGUGGUGCACCCAAGGCAGAGGAUGAGUAUGUAAACGAGCCUCUGUACCUCAACACCUUUGCCAACGCCUUGGGGAACGCCGAGUACCUGAAGAACAGCGUACUGUCUGUGCCAGAGAAGGCCAAGAAAGCAUUCGACAACCCCGACUACUGGAACCACAGCCUGCCACCUCGGAGCACCCUUCAGCACCCAGACUACCUGCAGGAGUACAGCACAAAAUAUUUUUAUAAACAAAAUGGACGGAUCCGGCCUAUUGUGGCAGAGAAUCCCGAAUACCUCUCUGAGUUCUCGCUGAAGCCAGGCACUGUGCUGCCUCCGCCGCCCUACAGACACCGGAAUACUGUGGUGUGA